CUGGUUCUUUUGGUUUCUGCCUGGAGCUAGAGGUCUGCCUGUUGAUAUGCCACACUUGGUUCACCACCGACGACGCCACUCCUGGCCAUACUGCGGUCCUGGGACGCAGCUGCGCGAACGGCGAAACCUGCCGUUGGUGAUUCCCGAACAACAAUUCUUGACACCGGUGGGCUCGGAGGAUUUACUUGAAGAUGAUGCCGCAUCUGCGGGCAUCGUUCGUUCCAAAACGGCACGACCACACCGUCGUUGGCUUGCCCCAUGGGAUUCCACCCCGCCCCGGGCAUCGGGGCACGUCGCCAGCCCGGGUAUGGGAUCAGGCUCGGGGUCACUUCGGAAAAUGAUCCGUCCGCCGUUGGAUAAGGCGCGAUCGCUCUUUGUGUUGCCUACCACGACCACGGCCGGAGAGAGCGUGCUCAUCUCAUACUGGGUACCUCAGGGAGCUCCUGUUGCGCCGGUGGCUGCGCCGAUGUCUGGAAGAGGGAGGGUUUCGGGUUCCGAGACCGGGACUGGAUACUUGUCCGUGGAUCGCUAUCAUCGACGAUGCCAUUCGGAGCAGCCUCGGUCUUGGAAAAGGCCAAGCGCGAGCUUGUGGCCACUUGAGGAGGAGUAGCCAUAGGCUGUUGACAUGCUAUUUCUACCUUCUGCGCCCGAGGCGAAGAAAUAUAUUUCUUCUGGCCUACGUGGCUCUUUACAUAGGCGCUCUCAGCCAGGUUCUGUUACUUUUUAUUAUUUUUGCGAGACUUUUCUUCAGGUUGGUUGUUAUUCCAGGUUCGUUGUUCUUGCAGGUAUUCAUUGCAUGGCGAGGUUGCUUCAGGCGUUGGGAUAUCGUGCAUGUGGCGGAUUGUUGUGGAGCGGUUGCAUGUCUGAUUCCAUGUUGUUAGCUUUAUCAGUAGAUGUUUGAAGCCAGAAAAUCAUAAAGACGGCCUUAUGACCGGCCUUGUCGCAGC